AUGAGGAUAGUUCCGGACAAAUCAUGGAUUGAUAUUCCCCGUAUUGAUAGAUGGAGGAAUAGUCGAUAUAAAGAUGGAAUAAAUCAAUUCAUACAGUACGCCUUGGAAGACCCACGGAAGUUAAAUAGUGAUGUCGUGUAUUGUCCCUGCUGUUGGUGUAAAAAUAGGGCGUUGGUGGAUAAAAAUGAUUUACAGAAAUACUUAAUAUUAGGAUUCUAUGAGGAGUACAAAUAUUGGACGUUUCAUGGGGAAGGAUGUCUUGAAGAAAUGGAACUGAUAGGGGGUACCGGUACUUCCGGUGGGAGAAUAGAUGAUACGAGAAUAGAUGAUACAUAUACGAUGCUCGCAGAUAUGUUAACAGUUCCUAAUAUAGAUCAAUCUGAUUAUGCCGAGGAUGCUGACGAGUCAGGAAAUGUAGGUGGCGUGACAGAUCAUGAGGAGCUGGAGCAGUUAAUGAAAUUAAUAGACGAUAAUGAAAAUGAUCUGUACGAGGGUUGCAACGAGUUCACCAGGUUAUCAUUUAUGCUCCGUCUUUUGCGUAUAAAGUCUCUUAGUGGAAUGGCAGAUAAAUAUUUAAAUAUGUUGCUUGUGUUGCUGAGAAAAGUCAUUCCAAAUGGAAAAGAGAGCAUAUCGGAAAAUUAUGAUAACGCAAAGAAGAUUGUUUCUGUUAUAGUACUUGAUUACAAUAAAAUCGACGCAUGUCCUAAUGAUUGUAUCCUCUACUAUAAAGAUAAAAAAGAUCUCCAGGAGGGUCCAAUUUGUGGAAUACCACGGUGGGUACAACGUAAAAAUUGUUCAACACGUGGGAUAACAAGGGCUAUGUUUAAGCAAAAGAAGAUUCCAGCAAAGGUUCUGCGUCAUUUUCCCUUAAUACCAAGGCUAAAACGGUUGUAUAUGAAUAAGGACACUGCUAAGCAAAUGAGGUGA